UUAAUUGAAGUCUCUCUCUUUAGUCUCAAAUGGAUUGCACUCAACCGCUCGAACGAUGGUUCACUGUCGGGCUUGGUUGGACCAUCAAUUUGUGCUCGCAUGUGGAACGAGCCAAGCGUGAGCUAGCUGGUUUUCAAGAAUCCCAUCUCAGCUCAUGAGCCAUUCGACAAUAUUUUAAGUACAUUUUUCGUCCAACAAUUUCGAGCCGACUUGUGAAUUGAUGAGUAGCUUGCAUGGGAUUUUGCUGCUCGGCUCUUUUGUGGGACGAGACAAGUUGAUCAGCGGCUCAUCCCACCAAACAUCCAUACCUUUUUCUGACAAAGCCAUGGACAAUUCCAUGCAAGAGAGGUUGAUUAGUCCAGAAUCAGAACAGGCGGGGAAUUUCAAAGGGAGGAUUUCUGAAGAAUCCAAGAAAAUAUGGAGGGUUGCCUUGCCAAGUAUUAUAUCAAGAGUGACUUCAUUUGGAAUCAUAGUUGUAACUCAGUCAUUUGUUGGACACAUAAAUUCAUCUGAUCUUGCUGGUUAUGCACUUGUUCAAACCUUAAGCGUUCGAUUCGUAAAUGGAAUACUGAUAGGAAUGUCAAGUGCAACUGAAACUCUCUGUGGGCAAGCGUUUGGAGCAAAACAGUACCAUAUGAUGGGGGUUUUCUUGCAAAGAUCAUGGCUUGUGGAUCUCAUCACACUAACAAUAUUACUUCCUGUUUUUCUAUUCGCAACACCAAUAUUUAAACUACUAGGCGAGGAAGAAUCUAUUGCAAAAUCUGCUGGCUAUAUUUCUCUGUGGUUCAUCCCAUUUGUUUACAGUAUCGUUUUCUCUAUGACGAUCCAAAUGUAUCUACAAGCACAACAAAAGAAUAUGGUUAUUGCAUGGCUAUCCAUUAUAUCAUUUGUAAUCCACAUUCCCUUAUCUUGGCUUUUUGUCUACAAACUGAAUUGGGCAAUUUCUGGGGCCAUGGGGGCGCUCUGCAUAUCUUCGUGGUUUCUAGUCAUUGGAGAAUUUGUAUACAUCUUCGGAGGUUGGUGCCGUGACACGUGGAAGGGAUUCACUACAGCUGCAUUCAAGGACAUAUUGCCAGUGGUGAAACUUUCAAUAUCCUCUGGUGUUAUGAUUUGCUUGGAGUUGUGGUAUUAUGCCAUUCUGGUUUUACUGGCAGGAUACAUGAAAAAUGCAAAGGUAGCCAUAUCUGCCUUUUCUAUUUGCCUUAAUAUAGUGGCAUGGGAAACUAUGAUUAGUGUUGGCAUGAUGGGUGCUGCAUGCGUUCGAGUUGCAAACGAGCUUGGGAGAGGAGACGCGAAGGCUGUUAAGUUUUCGAUUAAAGUCCUAACCAGUACUUCUGUAUCGAUAGGGCUAUUCUUUUGGAUUCUUUGCUUAGUAUUUGGCAAUAAAAUCGGAUAUUUAUUCACGAAUGAUGAAGAAGUUGCACAUAGUGUUGCUGAUCUUUCUAUGCUACUUGCUUUCUCGGUGUUGCUGAAUAGCAUCUAUCCAAUAUUCUCAGGGGUGGCAAUUGGAGCAGGUUUACAGACAACAGUUGCAAUUAUUAAUAUUGUUUGCUUCUAUAUAAUUGGGAUACCAGUUGGAGCUUUACUUGGAUAUGUGACUCAUCUUCAAGUUAAGGGCAUAUGGAUUGGGAUGUUGUGUGGAGUGGUCGCAGAGACACUUGCAUUGAGCUUCAUGAUAUGGAGAACCAAUUGGGAUCACGAGGUAGCUAAAGCUUCAACACGCCUCAAAAAGUGGUACUUAAAGUCUCCUGAUGAGACUGAUCAAAAGUCUGACCAUGCUUGAACUUAAAAUGCUAAGGAUUUUGCUGGCAGCUCGGUGUACAUCCCUCUCAAAAAAGAGAGGGCGCUUGCGUCAAAUAAAAAAAAAUCGCACAAGAGGGGGGCUGGAUGUACGAGUAGCAAUACCCAAAUGUUAAAUUCUACAAAUUAUUUGCACAAAAUCUCAUGCCUUCUAUGUUUAUUUAGAGCUUAUCAAUCUAGUAGUUUUGUAUGCAUAUUGCAUAAUAGAUUGCUGUCAACUACAA